CUGCCGCUCUAGCCACUCUGGCUGUCACUCUUGUUUCCGGCUGUGUUCCGGCGGCUCUGCGGGUCUGGAUUUCUGGAGACGCGCUUUGCACGUGGAGAGGCGGGGGGACCUUGCCACCUCGCUCGGCUCUCCACGCUCAUGUUCGAAGAGCCGGAGUGGGCCGAGGAGGCCCCAUUAGCUGCAGGCCUCGGGCCUGUCGCCUCACGGCCUCGGCCCGCGGCAGCCUCGCAAACCAAGGGCUCCAAGCGCUGCCAGCUCUUGGCCACAUUACGGGCCCUGGAAGCAGCAUCUCUUCCUCAGCCACCCCCCAGCCUGCCUGGCAGUGACUCUGAGGAGGAGGUGGUGGGAAAGAAGAAGAAACGCCCGAAAAAGGCCUCCUUUGCCAGUGUUUCUACUGAAGUAGAAGAGAAAAGGAAGAAGCAUCAAAAACAGGGCACGCCUGGUGGUGACUCUGAAGAAAAGGAAGUAGAAAAAAAGAAGUACCGCAGAGGGGCUUUUCUUGUCAGUGACUCUGCUGCAGAAGUGAAAAGAAAGAGGAAAUGCCAGAAUCAGGCCCCUUUGAACCCUGCCCAGCACCUGAACAGUGUUGACCGAAAAGAUCCCCAAACUUGGAAGAUUCGUGGUACAGAUGACCCACUCAAGCCAAGCCCUGGGGCCACUUCCUCCCAACCCCCCCAUACCUUGAGUCGCAAGCAGUGGAGGAACCGGCAGAAGAACAAACGUAGACACAAGAACAAGUUUCGGCCACCUCAGCAGCCAGACCAGGCUCCAGCCACAACCCUCACAGAGGAGACAGAGUUGCCUCCUGCCCUCAGUCCGGACAGCCAUGAGGCUCGGGCAGGGGCUCUGAGAGCCCGCAUGGCACAGCGGCUGGAUGGUGCUCGAUUUCGCUACCUCAAUGAACAACUCUAUUCAGGGCCUAGCAGUGCUGCACAGCGCCUCUUCCAGGAAGACCCUGAAGCUUUUCUCCUUUACCACCGAGGCUUCCAAAGCCAAGUCAAGAAGUGGCCACUGCAGCCUGUGGACCGCAUCGCCAGGGAUCUUCGCCAGCGGCCUGCAUCUCUGGUGGUAGCUGACUUUGGCUGUGGAGACUGCCGCCUGGCUUCAAGUAUCCGGAACCCUGUGCACUGCUUUGACUUGGCCUCUCUGGACCCCAGGGUCACUGUGUGUGACAUGGCUCAGGUGCCCCUGGAGGACGAGUCUGUGGAUGUGGCUGUGUUCUGCCUUUCACUAAUGGGAACCAACAUCAGGGACUUCCUGGAAGAGGCAAAUCGAGUGCUGAAGCCAGAGGGUCUCUUGAAAGUCGCCGAGGUCAGCAGCCGCUUUGAAGAUGUUCGGACCUUUCUGGGAGCUGUGACCAAACUGGGCUUCAAAGUCAUCUUCAAGGACCUGACCAACAGCCACUUCUUCUUGUUUGAUUUUGAAAAGACUGGGCCACCUCGGGUAGGGCCCAAGGCUCAACUCUCAGGCCUGAAGCUUCAGCCAUGUCUCUAUAAGCGCAGGUGACCUCUGGACCACCCCCCUUGAAAGGGGAGGCAAGUCUCCAGGCUCAGAACUCUGAAGACUAUAUCCAGCCAGGCUGGGACCCAGGACCUGGUACCACUCUUCCUUCAUCCAGGAACAAAGUGUGAUGAAACCCCUGGCUCAGCCCUGCUCUAAUGAAGGCUUCUUGGUUGCAAGACGCAUAAAAUCACUCAGGCUAGCCAAAGAAUAAGGAGUGUAUUAGAACACAGAGCUAUUUGGGAAUUAUGGAUCUCCUCCUAGGAGUCAUGGAAACUAGAUGGUUGAGAAUUCAAGGCAUCUCUGGAUUUGACUCCCUUUUCCAUCUCUCAGGAGCCACAUGAGCUUUCUGUUCUGGCAUCUCCAUACUUCUUUCUUCUGAUCUCUGUCUGCAGACUAGCUCCCUCUGCUCACCCAUAGAUUCUGUUCCUUCAGCUUUAGUCUGUUCAGGCUUUCAAAGCCUCAGACAGGCAAGUGUUGCUUCUUGGCUCCGGGGCAACUGGUAGCCUACAAACAUCCUGCCUCAAUACAUCAGUCUGGGCUUCUGGGAAGACUGUUUGGUUGUCGCUGUACUUCUUUCCCCCCAGCCUCGUCUCCUUCUUUGGAGCCACAUGGUACAAACAACUCCCAGCACCUGUUGUCCUCUCGGGCCCUGGUGUGUAUGUCUGGCUGAGAGCACAGAUUUUGGAAUCAUAUAGACCUAGGUUCAAAUCCUGGCCUGCCACUUAUUGCUGAGAGUCAUUUAAUCUCUGAAUGUCACAUUCCUCAUUUGAAAAGUGGUAGAAUUCCUUUCUCAUGAGAUUGUUGUGUGGGCCAAUUGAGGAAAUCUGCAGCCAGGGCAGGGUAUGGAGGAGGUGCUCAAUAAAGUGGAGUGUGGCUAUUAUGUGUUGUAAGCCUCGUUGUUCUCUAAAGACCUUCCAUAGGCUGAGUUGGAGGUUGAGGAAUAAAAAAAUGGAUUUGUUGACUGAGGAAGACUCUGGAAGAGCUCAGUAUAGGCCUUUCAAUGGGCCUGUUUAAUAGGAUAUUUAGAGAGUCUUCACAGAUUUUGAGCUGUCCUUGGAGGGGGGUAGUGAAGGAAUUGGGGCUCUUCAUACAUAACAAUCAGUUAAUGCCAUGUUGGGUGGGGGAUUGAGCUGUUCAUUGGUAGAAGGGUCUGUCGUUUCUGCCUGACAGUGGGCCCAGAUCAGCGUGUCAUAGGAAAGCUGUAGGCAAAGAAGGCUAGCGUUGGGAGAAGAGGAACUGGAUUGACAGAUCCUUGGCCUCUGCUAAAACGACUCUGCCAUGGUCUCAGGUAUAAAGAUACAAGUUCUACCUCUUUCCGAGAACAAGAACUGAGCGUGGCCACUGGGACACAGUUUCCAGAACUCUGAGGGAGUUGAAUGCCUCCAGAAGGGUAUGGAGGUUUGAGGCAGGCUGUCGCCCAAAGGCCAUGUGUGGAAGCUGUGAACCAUUCAGCAGACACUGGACAGGGCCUUUGCCUGUGCUCUUCUCUCUGCUGAACACUUAUCUGACUGGCAAAGUCUUACUCAUGCGUCUAAACAACCUAGCUGUUUCUUACUUCAUUACUCCCAAAGCAGAAUGAAUGUCUUCAGCUGUGCUGUCAGAGCACUACCUAAAGAGUGCAGCUUUGUGCAAUUUGUGCAUUUAAAUGCUGCGUUGUGGUUGCUUUGUGCAUUAGACUGCAGUCUUCUCAAGUCACAUUGAUCGUUGUAUUCCCAGACUUCAUCCCUCGAGUUCACAUAAGCAAGAGAUAAGGAACAACAGGGUCCAGUUGAGUGGGAUUGAUGGGAGCAGGGAUGUUGCAGGAAUCCGGCUUUGGGGCACAAGAGGAGGCACUGUGGACCAGUGACCUUGGAAGAAAUAGGCAGAUGGGAGAACUUCAGCAGGUAGACUGGUAGAUGUUGAAGGCUGGUGACAGAAACAAAUCUGAGGUAAGUCUCUGCUUUCUGGCUUGAGCAACUGGUGGGCAGAUGAUGCCAUUCAAAAUGUUGGGUUUUAAGUACCUGUAGAUGGUCAUUUGGAAAUGGGACACAGAAGUCUCAGGAGAGAUCUGUGCUAGGGAUUUGGGAAUCAGCAGCCUGGAGCUGGUAAUUCAAGUUAUGGGAAUAGAUAAGACAUCCAGAGUAAGACAAUGAGACGGGAAAAUGACUCCAAAUAGAACUUUGAGGAGCAUUUAGUGGAUGGGUAAAGGAAAAGGAACCAGCAAAGGUGACAAGAUGAGAAGGUCGGGCAAGAGAUGGAGGAGUCGAACCAGAAGAGUGGAUUUUUUAAUAUGGAAGGAAUGGGGAGGUUGUCAGCUAUCAAAUGGUAUUGCGAGGACUAUUAAGAUGAGAGAGAAGUCAGAUUGUGGUGGCAUGAGGAUUGCUGAGUAACGUGGAGGGCCUGUUUGAACUUAUAGUGGUAUGACUUUAUAGUUACGCCAAUCAGCCCAGUGGUGUGGUUGUCGCUGCCUACUCAGGAAUCUAGGUGUGGCUGUGGGAAAUGUGAGCACUGCGGGAUCAUCAAGAGUUGGAACCUUUCCAUGUAAUUGAAAUGAAAGGAAAGCAAGCAAAGGAGUUUCAGACCAUUUGCAACUGAUAGCUAUGCUGGAUCAUGGAAUUUUGUAGGACAGGUGGGAGAGUGAAGACAGGAGUAGGUUGUUACACUGGGACUAACUGAACAAGUGACUUGGGAGGAUGGGAGGCUGUGGUCACAAGUUGGAAUGCUUGAAUUACACAUAUUGGAAGCAGAACAGUUCCAGGUGAUGGCAAAGUCUAGUGUGUAGCGACAGGAGUGCGUGCCACAGAGGCAUGUAAGGGAGGUUGCCUGGAGACUGGUUAAUGGACAGGGCUGGGGCAGGGGGCGGGUGUAUGUGUGUGUGUGUGUGUGUGUACAUGCGCAUGCUGGGGGGCUAUUGUCUGCAUGGGUUUUGAAGUUCUCCAGGAUGAUUGAUGACAGAAGUUGACGUGGAACAGGUGCCAACCUCUUGAGGGAGGGAGUGGAUCCAGGAAAUCUGCAGACGAAGGGAAGGAGAGGCUGAUGGCAUGCAUUUCCAAAGUGCAGAGGGUUCACAGAGCCUACCAGAGAGACUCCCAUUUGGAGGGUGACGUGUGAGGCUGGUGAGUGGUGCUGGCUGCCAGGCAGCCAAGAUAAAAUAUCCUGACAGUCUUCUCUAGCUUGUCAGGAUUCACCGAGGAUUACUGGGGAGAGGACUAUUAUGGCAGCUCCAUGGGGCAGGAGCCUCCCGGAACAAUGAGGAGGUAAGCCACAAAAUCCCAGAAUGUGUUGGAGUAGCAGGGCAUCUCACUUUAGGACACAUGUCACCUUUUUUAGCUCCAUAUCCAUGUUCUUUCCCAAAUGUUAUUUAUAUUCAUAAAUCUUGACUAAUUUUCCCUGUUUUCUUAGCAUGCUCAGCAGGAUAGCUGGGGUCUGUCCUCCCUCUUGCUUUCCUCCGCUCCUUAUAGUUUGGAUUCUCUGUUGGCCUAUUCUGGUUCUAGCCACCUGAGCAGAUACCUCUCUGGGUUGGACUCAGGCCCCAGGCUCCCUAUAACUCAGUCCAGCCCCCACUAGUGGCUCAGUGCCUCACUCUGGUUCUGAAGCAGCACUCUCCUGAGCCUGAUCUGGCUCCUCCCUGCUCCAUCAUCAGCUUCAGGACAAGCUCUUGUUCAAGUCCAUGCCUGGGCUUCAGUGUCUAAUGUUGAGAGCCUAGACUGAAAAGAGAACAAUAUAUAUUUCCUUAAAGAGUAAUAGCAUGCCAACUGUUUAAAGAACAAUGAGACCAGUUUAAGGAACAAUUUGAGAACAGAUUGAAGGAGUGGCAAGAAUAGUAAGAGGCAAAUGGAAGUGGAAGGGAGCUUCCGGAUUGUGAAAAGAAGUGGUUCUCAAACUUCAGAGUGCUGUAGAAUUACCUGGAAGUUGUAAUGCAGAUUGCUAAGCCCUCCCCCAGUUUCUGAUUCAAAAGAUCAGGAUAGAGUUUGAGAAGCUCUUUUUGGUGGUUUUGAUUUUUCUCAGUGAAUCAGGAAGUAGACUUUGGGUUGAGAGUGAGAAUGGGAGAAAAGGAGUUGGAGUUUUGAGGAGAGGAGAACAGGAAUAUUGUUGCUAAGAAAGGAAAUGAAUGAAUUAAGGAAAUAUAGUAUGAUUGCUGGUAGUAUUAAUAGCACACUUAAGGUUCAAGGUCAGAAAGAGGAUAGGAUGGGAGGAGACCGGUGCAAGAUUGCUUUGUAAAGAGCUUGUUACUGGGAGACAGAGUACUGUCAACCCACUCACUCCUUUGUGAGGGCUGGUUUCUGCCCUCUUACCUCAAGUCUAAUUCAGGACUCCACUGGGACCAUUCAGGAAGCUUGAGAUAUUUAUUCCUACAGCAAAGAAAUAAUGAGCCUGGAGGCUGACUCCUGCCCUGGAAAUGUAGAAGGCAAACAGGCUCACUGAUGGUUUCUAUGGUGGAGCCAGGUGAGUGCUGCUGCUUUUGCAUUGGCCUGCAAUCCCAGAAUUUGCCAUCUCAAUAAUGCAUGAGUGUAUCCUGUGCGCCUUGUAGGAGAGAGGGAAGCAUGGUGUGGUCCUGGGUCUUGUCCAGUAGGACCAUUUGAAGAAUCAACGAGACCUCAGCACAAAGAAGCUACAAGUGUGCCAUGUGGGCUGAGGAGGAAGUUGCAGGAGACCCAGAAUAAAGUUGCAUCCACUAAGGUCAAGAGGACAGCAGGGAUGCCCCCUUUAAAUAUCUGCCCGGCCCAUAAGGCACAGAACCACCCAGUUAGGCAAGAACUGUUCCAUCGCCUUACUUCUCUGCACUUGGGCCCAGAGGGUUCAGCAGCUAUUAGGGCUAUUAGGUGGAGAGAUGGUGAGAAUAGAAGAGAGUAUACAGAUCAUUCCUCCCCCAGUGCAGACUCCUUGGCUUAAGUGGAGCAGAGCUCUCCGGAGGGGAAAAUAGUUAAAGCUACAACAGGUAGAGGCUAUUUAUUGUUACAUAGGAUUAGACAUUCGAAUUACUUGAGAUUGUGUUUGUAUCUUAUACUGAUUGUAAGACUGUUACUAAGAAUGAGCUGGAAAAUCACAGGCUUGCUGCAGCUUUUCUCCAUAGCAGGGGAAGAGUACUCCCACAUGAAAAAAGUUUGGAGGAGUGGUGAGAGACAAGAAUAAAGUUGAGUUUGGAUAACAAUCUGUGCUUCAUGCUUCUUAGCAUCCCCUUUAGAGGUUUAUUGCUUUUGCAGUUAUUGGUGAGCUCCAGCUUUUGUUCCUGUAACGGUCCUAAGGGAACACAGUUCCAAAAGAAACAACAUGAUCUUGGCAGAAACACAGCUCAGCUCCAAACACUCAACCAUUUCCGCAAUUGCACAGAGCCCUUUACAGCCUUUCACAGGGACCCAUAAUUACGUAGAGCUAUUAUCCCCAGGUCAUCCUCCUUCCCAGGUGACUUCUCAGACUGGCCACCUGGUUCUAGGAUAUUUGACUGCUGCAGUAACUGCCUUACUCGUCUAAUUGCUUCCACUCCUGCCCCCAAAGCAGUUCAUUUCGCACAUCAUUUUGCACACAGCCAAGUGAUCUUUUUAAAAUGUAAAUCAGAUUUGUCACUUCUCUGCUUAAAAUCCAUUGUUAGUGAGUUUGGGGAAUUAGAGCAGUUAGCAUUAUAUAUCCUGGCUAGUGUAUCUUCUCUGGGCAUCCUAUCCACAUUACUCUUGAUCACAAAACCCUUUUUGUUUCCUUCCGGGUGCUUCAAACAUUUCAUUAUCUUACCAGAUGUUAGUCACCACUUCCCACCUGUCCCAUGAAUUUUAAUAUUAAUUGGAAAAGAAAAUGUUCACCUCAGGAAGUUGAGAUGCUCAUUUUACCAGUUACAUUUUGACUGUGAUAAGAAAAAAAAAAAAUCCCACUAAAGAAUGUCUUAAAUGAGAUUUGUUUUCUUCUCAUAGUAGAAACCUGAAGGUAGGUGGCUGUUAGCAUUGGUUCGGGAACUCAAGGUGUUAGUGAUUAGGUUUCUGAUCCUCUUGGUCUCUUGAUUCUCAUGGUUUUAAGAUGAUGUGUUCCUGAUUAAGCAGGGCUACCCUACUUACUACUUACUGAUACACUUAUUGGGAGUCUCACUGAUUGUCACAGACUUUUUGGCCCUACUUCAGGGGUCCUUCUACACUGUUAAUACUCUGGUGUAAAUAUGUUCCACUAUUUUCUAUAACAUGUCUGAGACCAAUCUAAAAUAUUAACAUUUUAAAUGUAUUUGUUUCUUCCACCCGUUCCCACAUCUCAGUGGCCUGUCAGCAACUCAUCCAGUUCAAUAUAUAUUUAUAUUUUAUUUAUGUAGAACUCCAAAAAUCAACCAAAAAAAGAUAAGCCAAUAGAAAAAAAUUGGGCAAGAGAUUUGAACAGGGACCUUAUAGAACAGGAUUUUCAAAAAUGAGUAGACUCACAAAAAGGUCAAUCUCAUUAGUAAUCAGGGAAAUGCAAAGCAACACCAAAUGGCAACAUUACAUAUAUAUUGGAAUUGGGGGAAAAUGGUACAAGAUAAAGAUAAGGAGUAAAGUGAAUUAUGUGGACUAAGUGAACUCUCAUAUCCCUGGUGAAGGGAGUAUAAAUUGAAAUUUUUGGAAACAGUCUGGCAUUAUCUACUAAAGUUGAGGAUAGACAUAUUUUAUGACCAAGCAAUUCUACUCAUAGUUAUAUUUCCGAUGGAUAUGUGUGCACAUGCACAGGAGGCAUUUGCAGAUUGUUCAUAGCAGCAUUAUUUGUAGGAACCACAAAAUGGUCAUUAGGCACUUCACAAACGCUUAAACCCACCCCCUCCCCAAAAUGCCCACUAUAAUAACACAAUAACAAAUCUUCACGACAACAAAAUGAAAACAUUGUCAACGAUAUUCAGUUUUCAACCAAAAUUACCAGGCAUGUAAACAAACAGGAAAUACCCCUGUAAGUACUAUAAAAAUAUGAAAUUAUAAAUAGUAAUUUAUACUCAGGAUAAAAGACAAUAGUAACUGACUCCAGUGGGCUUAGAUACUGGAUUUAGCUGUUAAAUAUUUUAAAGCGCCUGUUAAUGUGUUCAAAUAAUGAAAGGAAAAUAAAAGAAAGGAAAAUAUGGUCUCAAAGAUACACAGAUAGGGAAACUUGCCAGAGACAUAGACUACAGAAAGGAACCAAAUGAAAAUUCUAGAAUUAAAAAACUACAAGGAAAAAAGUACAAUACAAAUUACUGAAUUUGAGCAACAGACUGAAAAUAGACUGAAAGAAAUGGACAGGGCCUCAGGAAUGACACUAUAACAAAAGAUAUCUUUGUCAUGAAAAUCCCAGAGAUGGAUGAGAAAGAGAAGCUGAGAAAGCACUUCAUGAAAAAUAGCAAAAUCUUCCCAAAUUUGGUAAGAGACAAAAACCUAUGGACUCAAGAAGCAAAGUGAACAACCCCAAACAGCAUAAACAUGGAGAAAUUCAUAUUAAAACAUACCAUAAUUAAACUUCUGAAAACUAAAGAAAAAAACAUAUUAAAAGCUAAAGAAAAAGGGUGCUGUACCUAAAGGGGAAGAACAGUUUGAAUGACAGCAGAUUUCUCAUCAGAAACCACAGGAAAUGUAUAGGGAAAUGUCACAAUAUUUUUCAGGUUUUGUAAAGAAAACCCAGACUCUCAACCUAGUGAAAAUAUCCUUCAGGAAUGAAGGGGAAAUUUGGAUGUUCUUAAAUGAAGGAAAACCAGGAGAAUUUGUCACCAGCUGACUUUCCCUAAAAGAAUGGCCAGAAAUUCUCCAAACAGAAAGGAAAUGAUAAAAGAAGAAAUCUUGGAACAUCAAGAAGUAUGAAGGAGCACAGUAGACAAAAAUGUGUGCAAAUACAGCUAGGUUUCUUUCUCUUGAGUUCUCUGAAUUUGAUGGUUGAAGCAAAAAUUAUAACACUGUUGUGGUUCUAAAUGUAAGAGAAGUAUUUAAGAUGAUUACAUUAUAAACGGAAGGAUAAAGGGAGGUAAAAUUUCUAUACUUCACUUGAGAACUGAUAAAAUAACACCAGUAGACCAUAUUAAGAAUAUUAAGGCUUUUCUAAAGUUCACAUGUCCAGAAGACCGGACUGCAGGUCUCUCCUUGCAGCCGCGGCGCGAGAGCAGAGUAUAAACUGCUGCUGCCAAAGUCGUGACAGGCGUUUAAGAAAUUUCUCCCCUUCUUUGAAUGAGUAUUAGUUGAAAGGAGUGCUGCGGAAACUGUAACUAAGGGAGGCAUUAUGCUUUCCAAAAAAUCUCAAGGAAAAGUAUUGUAGGCAACAGUAGCAGCUGUUGGAUCUGGCUCUAAAGGAA